AUGCCGUCGAUCUCGACAACAGAGCCUUCCGGCCGGCUCCCGGAAAAAUCAUCAGACUAUGCCCCGUCCGGGGAGCGCAACAUGCGAGACUUCGAGCCAGGGUACCGUCUGGCCGCCACGUCCUCCCACUUCCCAACCCACAGCUUGGCACGCUCCAUCACCUCCGUCGAGUCCACCGCCGUCGGCACGCUCGCGGGACGCGUUGGCACAUACGCAUCCGCUCCCGGGAUUGCGGCAGUCUCGUCGAGCGCGGGGUCGCAAGCGGCGACCGGGUGGGUGGUCGUGUCGCAGGCGUAUGCACUUGGACGUGUCCAUGCGUGGACGCAAGCGACCGAGUCUGUGCAGGGGUCUCGACCUCGCACUCCGAUUCCAACUGCACCCACACUGCUUGCCGUCGGUGCGGAGGCUGGACCCACGAACCUGGUGCCGUCGGAGAAGCGGCCCGAGGUGCGGCUCAAGCUACCGUAUAUGGUCGCGCUGUGGCCGUACUUUACGGAAGGCACCCCUUGCGCUGAGGGCAGGGAUGGAAGAUUUAUAUGCACUGUGGAGGGGGGGAGUGGGCUUGGUGCUUGCAGAGGCGACGAAAGCGGAGGCACAGGCGGAGGGGCGCGAAAACCUCGGCGAUCGGCGCGGGGGGCCGGGUUCGGCGCUCCAGAAAUGCGCACGAAAUACGAAAUCUAUGUCUUCGUCCCAGACAGUCGAGCACCUACCCGAACACGCACGCCACCAGAAGACGCACGCCAGGCUGGGUGCGACAACGUAGUCUCCACUCUCGACUCUUCACGCCAACUCGGAGACGAACGCCAAAAGCGCAGCAACCGGGACGUGGCAAGCGGCGGGCAGACAAGCGCCGAGAACCCCUCGCCCAAAUGA